UUCAGUGGCUGAGUCAAUAGCACUGACGUGAGCUGUUCCCAUCUAUAUCCGGCGUCUCUUGUCAGCUGCUCUGCUGCAUCCUUUUGUUCCCGGGAUAACUCCAGCGAGGCACAUCAUGUAGGCUCUGCCCCUUUGCUUGGCAGAUGCUUUCCCUUCUUUCUAAACGGCUCUUUCCAUGUGUCCUUCCGUCCGGUUAUUAAGAACACUGCCCUCCAAGAGGUUCCUGGGUGGAGCUGCAGAUGAAUGGCAACGGCAACAGCACCGACAACGGCAACGGCAAGAACGGGGGCCUGGAGCACGUCCCUUCCUCCUCCUCCAUCCACAAUGGGGACAUGGAGAAGAUCCUGCUGGAUGCCCAGCACGAGUCAGGACAGAGCAGCUCAAGAGGUAGUUCCCACUGUGACAGCCCUUCACCUCAAGACGAUGGACAGAUAACUUUUGAUGUGGAAAUGCACACAAGUAAAGACAGUAGUUCUCAGUCCGAAGAAGAAGCAGUAGAAGGAGAGAAAGAAUUGGAAGGUUUGAAGAAAAGUGCAGACUGGGUGUCAGACUGGUCAAGUAGGCCUGAAAACAUUCCUCCCAAGGAAUUCCAUUUCAGACAUCCCAAACGUUCAGUGUCUCUAAGUAUGAGAAAAAGUGGAGCAAUGAAAAAAGGUGGCAUUUUCUCUGCAGAGUUUCUUAAGGUUUUCAUUCCAUCUCUGUUCAUAUCUCAUGUUUUGGCUCUGGGAUUAGGCAUCUACAUCGGGAAGCGCCUGACCAGCCCCUCCGCCAGCACCUACUGAGGCCCCGCUGGCUCCUCGACCC